AUGCAAGAGAAAUAUUUUGGGCAACAUGCUAAAGCAAAUCAGAAAGUGGUUCAGAGGAAUUCGGAAUCCUCAAAACAGCAUGUUCCAACCAAUCAGGUAAAUAAAGGGAAGAGUAUUUGGAAGCAGCUAAAUGGAGGAGAAAAGUCCAUUAAUUCGGGGAUUCUAGAGGAGGAUCAUAUGGCAAAUACUGAG